AUGAGUAAGUCCAGUGUUAUUUGGGAUUAUUUUCAACUUGACUCAGAUAACAUAAAUGUAAAAUGUGGUCUUUGUCGAAUAAAAUUAAAAAAUAAUCGUUCUUCAACAUCUAACUUAAUUAGACAUAUUAAGUCUAAACAUCCCACUGUCAACUUAUUGAAUAGAAAUACACGUGUAUUAGAAGAGACUGUUGAUGAUCCAAAUGAUGCUCCAUCAACUUCUACUACUAAUACAAUUAAUUCAACAACUAACCUAGUGGUAAACCAAACUGAAACGUCCUUACAAAUUCCAUCUAAUGAACAUGCAAUUUGUCCUCAAAGUUCUAGAUUUGUGAAUAAUCCCAUUACUCAAUAUUUUUCUAAGCCUCUUGGUGCAUCACGCCGUAAAAUUAUAGAUCAACAAGUUCUGAAAAUGAUUGUGAAAGAAUACUAUCCCUUCAGUAUUGUUGAAGAUAGAGAGUUUGUAAAACUUUUAAAUUUGUUAAAUCCCGGUUAUACACUUCCAUCGAGAAAAACAUUGUCGAAAUCAUUAUUACCUAUAAUGUAUAAUGAAAUAUAUGAUAAAGUGAAACAAGACAUAAAAAACCAUGCAAAAUAUGUAAGCAUUACCACCGAUAGUUGGACUUCUAUUAAAAAUGAAAAUUAUAUUGCUGUCACAUGCCAUUUUAUUAAUAAUGAAUGUGAAUUAAAAUCCUAUCUUCUUUCUUGUUUUAAAAAUUCCGAAUCACGCUCUUCAGAAAAUUUAAAAAAGGAUUUAUUGACGGUCAUACAGAAAUGGGGCUUAGAAAAUAACAUUGCAGCAUGUUGCUUUGCCCACAGUUUAAAUUUGGCAGUACAAACUGCCCUUAAGUCAAUAUCUGAAACAAGAGAUAAAGUAAGAGGAAUUGUUGGACAUUUUAAGAGAAGUCCACAGGCAGCUGAAAAACUUAGAGCUAUGCAAGAGCAAUUGGGCUUAACACCACCUUUAAUGCUCAUUCAGGACGUCGUUACACGUUGGAACUCAACGUAUGAGAUGUUUCAGCGUAUUCAGAACCUUAAAGUUCCUCUUUCUUCUGUAUUAGUAGAGUGUAAUUAUAAUAUUUACUUGACCAAUGAAGACUGGCACAUUAUUUCCAAGUCCUGUGAAGUAUUAAAAUAUUUUAAAGAAAUUACAGUAGAGAUAAGUAGUGAAAAAUCGGUUUCUAUUUCAAAAUCUGUUGUAUUUAGUCGAGCACUUCUUAAACAUUGUACAUACUUGGAUACACAGUUUUACGAUUCAGAACAAUUAACUGAUAUGAUAUCCAUAUUAAAACAACAGGUAGAACAAAGAUUUAAGUCACUUGAAAAAACACAAAUUUAUGCGGAAGCUACAAUACUCGAUCCGAGAUUUAAAAAAUAUGGAUUCUUAAAUAAUAGUUCAUUUACAGAAUCAAAAAAAACAAUUAUUAAUAAAGCUACUACCAUACAUAUUGAAAUGAAAAAUAUGAAGCAGCCAGCGAUACAAAAUCAAUCUGUAACGUUAAGUGGAGAUUCUAUUUGGAAUGACUUUGAUGAAGAGGUAAGUAGUCAACUGAUAUCCACAAAUCCAACAUCCGCAGCUAUUCUUGAAAUUGAUAAAUACCUACAAGAAGGGUUAAUUCCAAGGCAUGAAGAUCCUUUGAAGUGGUGGAAAAACAAUCGAAAUGUUUAUCCGUGUUUGUUUGAACUUAUGAAAAAACGUCUCUGUGUACUUGCAACAUCAGUUCCAUGUGAACGUAUAUUUUCUAAGGCAGGACAAACAAUUUCAGAAAAAAGAAGUAGGCUAAGUAGUAAAAACUUUGAAAAAAUGAUAUUUUUAAACUUUAACUCAAAAUAG